CUCAAACAACACAAGAAGAAGAAGAACAGCGGACUGUCUGGUGGUUUAUGUUUUGCCUCUUUUGCCUGUGAUCUGAUGCUGAACGCAAAUUUGAGCGCCAUUUUUUACCACAUAAUUUUGCUUUAAUGAGAAGAUAAAGACUUGAACGGCCUCGGUUGUUCACCUUCUCCCCGAUAUGUCUGCGGCGAUGCUGAGCACCACUAGCAGCAAGUUGAAUGUAUUGGUCAACAAACUGCACGAGUACUUGGCUCAUUCCACCAUCGAGGACAGCAAUGGCACACCAUCCUCAGUGGAUCCUGAUGGUCUUACAAACACGGGGUUUCCUGAGAGAAAUUCAACAGGUCAUCCUGCAUCAGAGGCAGGAGUGGAUACCAGAUACUCCAGGAGAAAACCCUCUGUUGUUAUAAAGCACUCUGGACUGGAUGAAUCUGGGGACUCAAAUGGAAGUGAGGACAUGGAGUUACCAGUCAAUGCAAAUGGUCAACUUGAUAUCAAUAGAUUGCCAAAAGGCACUGUGCUCGUCCGGCCUGAACCUGUUGAAAAUGGAAGAGAUGACUUCAGGGGUCCAGAGUUUCGCAGCCGGAAAUCCAGUGUACUGCGUAAAGAGUUUUCAAGAAGACGUGGAGGAGUUGAACACAUGGGGAUUGUCAGUUGCACCGCAUGUGGCCGACAAGUUAACCACUUCCAGAGAGAUUCCUUGUAUCGGCAUCCAGCUCUGAAAGUACUUAUUUGCAAGUCUUGCUACAAGUAUUACUUAAGUGAUGACAUCAGUAAGGAUGGCGACGGAAUGGACGAGCAGUGCAGAUGGUGUGCUGAAGGAGGCAACUUGAUCUGUUGUGACUUCUGCAGUAAUGCUUUCUGCAAGAAAUGUAUUCUCAGAAAUCUGGGAAGGAAGGAGCUGUCUGGCAUCUUGGAAAGCAAAUGGUACUGCUAUGUCUGUAGCCCGGAGCCCCUUUUUGACCUAGUGAUGGCCUGUGACAGCGUCCUGGAGAGCAUGGAGCGUAUGUGGCAUCAGCAGCGCAAGAGGAACCGAGCAGAGCCGGAAAAAUCUGAACUUUAUGACAUUCUGCCACACUUACCACAAAACAUUCCUUUGGAUAAAUGGGAUCACUCUGGUAUGGAUGGUAAUGUGGUGUUCAACUAUAACACACUGCAGAUUUCCAAGGAUACUACCAAAAAGGCCAAACAUUUAGUGGACUCAACAAACACCUUAAACCGAACUUUUGUCAGUUUCAUUCAUUCUGUGACGAGGAACAAACAAACGCCCGGUGUUCGCAGUCUGUAUCUGAAGUCUUUUUUGUCGGUGGUAAAGGGCUUGCGGAAAUCUCUCGCGGCCCUCGAGGAUAGCCUGAAGGAAGAAUUUAACGACUUGGAUGUCUUGAACUGUUGGGAAAAGUUACUUUGUGACGAGUUCGACGCGCAGCCUGUAACGGAAGCAGACGCCGAGCUGGACAUGGCUGAUGAAAGAUGCUUGAGCGAGCUGCAGAAGUUGGCGGCCGAACAUUCGGAAGAUGACGAUUCUGACUCUAAGGGCUACGGAGACGGGAGAGGUGUGGAUUCAUCUUCACGGAAAGUCAGAAAGAGGGCGCAAAAGAUUGGCCUGAAGCCGUCUGAAAGUGGGGUCAACAUGACUAAAAAACUAGUGGUGAAGCUCACACCUGUACUUGUGGAACAGGAGUCAUCCUCCAACGCGCCGAAGACGGAGACAGACAUGCAUAUCAAGGAUAAGAAGUUAGAGGGAAAAGAUUUAUCAGAAGAUGAAGAGUCAGGUGUGGCGUGUGCUAAAGCCGACAGCAAGAUGAGCAACGACAAUUCGAAUGCAUCUCUGCCUCUAGAAGAGGAACAAGGUAACAGACGGUCUCCUCGCUUGAAGACCACACCUUUGCGUCGACCGAGCGACGUCAAGGCCAAACCUUCUCUUUCAACAGCGGACAGUGACAGUGACUCGGACCCCGAGGAGACUCCCAGCACAGUACCAGCCAAAAACACUGAAGAACAAAGUCUAAGCAGAGCAAGAGACGACUCGGACUCAGACGAAGUCCCCGCAGCUCUGCUGGAGCGAGCGGCUAUGACGCAAAGCUCUGACGAACCCCAGAGCGACGAGGACGGUGGCAAAGCGUCAACUAAGGUGGCCAAGAAAUGUCUCUUUUGGCUCACCAAGAACACCCCGAUCUCACCGGAGAAGAUUCGCCGUAAACGCAAGAUGCUGGACCGUUCCCCCGACUCUGACUCGAGUGACAGAAGAGUCAAGGCUCGGAGGGAAAGCGAGACAGAUUCCUCUAGCGACGAUCAAGACUCGCAGAAGAAAAUACAACACUUGGUUACGCUGAGGUCAAUGGGGAAGCCUCACCUCGUCAAAAGAGAGGAGGAAGGUGCGGCCAGAAAGCAGGGGAGGAUACAGGCCAGGAAGACGAAGACUAAAUCUCGUCAGGAAGCAACGGAGUCGUCGUCCUCAUCGAGCGAAGACGAACACGAUGACGACUCUGGGAGUGACGGAGAUGAUCAGAAGAUGAAGCCAAUCACCGAAGACGUGGCCUUACUGGGGGCGGCAGGCUUCCACCAAUCAUCCGGAGAUGAGGAGCAAUCUGGGCCCUCGUGGGCAGCAGAAGAUGAUGAUGAUCAAGAAAAUAGAAUCGCUAAGAAAAUACUUUUGGCCCAAAUCAAAGCCAACUACUCCUCGGGUGAUGAUAUCUCAUCGGAUGAUGAAGCGCAGGAGGAUGAAUCUGAGUCGGAGGGUGACGAGGUUAAACAAACCAAUGAGGAUAAUGGAACUGAUGAAAAUGGGGAAGACUUGGCUUCAGGGUCGUCUGACUCUGGGUCAGAAGGGCCCAAAUCCAGGCACCACCUGCUCCGCCGCAAACUCACCCUAGAUGAGGGAACAUCAGGUGACAAGGCAGCAGCAGCAGAGAGUGAAGCAGGGAAGCAGGAGAGCAAGAAAAAGGCCGGCGGCAAACACCUGAGCACUGAUAGUGAAAGUGAUGGUGAGUUAGAGCUGGAGGACCUCGGAAUGAGUGAGGAGCUGAGUCAGUCAGAGGAUGAGGCCGAUGAAGAAAAGCUUAAAAGCUCCAGAUUAUCCACUAAAGUGAAGGAACCACUACGUAGUUACGAAAAAAAGAAACAAGUGCCUUGCAUUUGGUUGUCUGACUCCAGCAUUGAAAAGAGCGAUCGAGAGGAUGCAGAUGACAAGACCGGCGACAGUAAAGGCACCCCCAAAGGACGCAAAAAGAUCCGCAAAAUCAUCGAAGAUGUGAAUCUGCGUGCCGAGACCCAGGAAGCGCUGAGAGAGGAGGAGGAGAGGUGCAAACGGUUGGCGGACAGGGAGCAACAGAUGGAGGACAGGAGAGUGAUCAUUGAUGUAGAGAAUGAGUCGUGUCCCGUCACCACCAAGCUGGUCCUGGAUCAGGAUGAGGAGACUAAGGAGCCCUUUCUUCAGGUGCACAGGAACCUGGUGACAAGACUGAAGCCUCACCAGGUGGACGGUGUCCAGUUUAUUUGGGACAGUUGUUGUGAGUCUGUGAAGAAGGCCAACUCUUCUCUUGGAUCAGGCUGUAUACUUGCACACUGCAUGGGCCUGGGAAAGACUCUUCAGGUGGUAACGUUCCUCCACACGGUGCUGCUGUCAGAGAACCUGAAAUUCAGAACGGCUCUGGUCAUGUGUCCUCUUAAUACUGUCCUCAACUGGGUCAGCGAGUUCAAGAAAUGGCAAGACAACAUGGGAGAAGAUAAAGUUAAAGUUACAGAACUGGUUACGAAAAAGAGUCUUCCAGAACGACUCAGCGCUCUGCAGAGGUGGCAGACUGCUGGAGGUGUUAUGAUAAUGGGAUACGAAAUGUACCGCAACCUGUCACUUGGCCAGAAAAUCAAGAAUGAGCAGUGGAAGAAAGAGUUUAAAAGCAUGCUGGUGGAUCCAGGUCCAGACUUUGUGGUUUGUGAUGAAGGGCACAUCCUGCGCAAUGAAGCGUCCAACAUCUCCAAAGCAUCGAAUGCCAUCAAGACCCGACGAAGAGUCGUGUUGACGGGCACACCGCUGCAGAACAACCUGGUUGAGUACCACUGCAUGGUCAAUUUCAUCAAGAAGAAUCUUCUGGGCUCACUGGGCGAAUUCAGAAACCGAUUUAUCAACCCCAUACAGAACGGCCAGUGUGCCGACUCCACACCAAAAGACGUGCGAAUCAUGAAGAAGCGUGCACAUGUCCUUCAUGCCAUGUUGGGUGGAUGUGUGCAGAGAAGAGAUUACUCAGAGUUGACUCAGUUUCUACCUCCAAAGCACGAAUACGUGGUGGCAGUGAGGGUGUCCCCGCUUCAGUAUAAGUUGUACCGCUACUACCUCGACCACGUUACUGGUGUGGGCUCCAUGACUAACAGAGCAAAGAUGAGGACGGGAGCAAACUUGUUCAAGGACUUUCAGGUGCUCGGCAGAAUUUGGACUCAUCCCUGGUGCCUUCAGCUCAGCUACAUCAGCAAAGAAAACAAAGGUUACUUUGGAAAGAGGAAUCAAGUUAAAGCUGCUGCUCUGCUGAGAAAUGAGGAAUCCACUGUGACUAAGAUAGGACUAAGCGAGAACAAAGACAAAGAAGUGAAUGUUGACAACAGUAUGGCGCUCACUGUUGACGUGGUCAAAGACGCUCCAGCAGCAGGAGGGGAGAGAGCGUCCAUCAGCUCGAGGCCUCAGAGUCCAGGUGAGGGCUGGUUCAAGAAUCUGCUGUCUCCAAGUGAUGCCAAAAUCCUGGAGCACUCAGGGAAGAUGGUGCUCUUAUUUGAGAUCCUCAGAAUGGCCGAAGACCUGGAGGACAAAGUGCUUGUGUUCAGUCAAUCGUUGCUCUCAUUAGACUUAAUUGAGGAUUUCCUCGCAGCUUCUCACCAUGCCAGAGAUUCAUCACUCAAAGCGGGCAGCUGGAUUAAAAAUGUCGAUUACUUUCGUCUUGAUGGUUCCACCAACGCUGUAUUGAGGAUGAAAUGGGCAGAUCAGUUCAAUAAUCCUGCCAAUGUCCGCGGCAGAUUGUUUCUCAUCUCGACGAGAGCGGGCUCACUCGGCAUCAACCUGGUUGCCGCCAACAGGGUGAUUAUCUUCGACGCUUCGUGGAAUCCCUCAUAUGACAUACAGAGCAUAUACAGGGUGUAUCGCUUUGGUCAGCUCAAACAAGUGUUUGUUUACCGCUUCUUGGCUCAGGGCACCAUGGAGGAGAAGAUCUACGAUCGUCAGGUGACUAAGCAGUCUUUGUCGUACCGAGUGGUGGAUCAGCAACAGAUUGAGAGGCACUUCACCCUUUCUGAACUGACUGAACUUUACAUAUUUGAGCCAGACCUGCUGGAUGACCCCAACUCAAAGAAAAGCAAGAGAACCACCUCUGUUUUACCAAAGGAUAACGUCCUGGCGAUGCUAUUAGAAACCUGUAAAGACCAGAUAGUGAGCUGCCACGAGCACGAAUCUCUGCUGGACCAUAAACAAGAGGAGGAGCUCAGCGAAGCAGAACGCAAAGCUGCCUGGGCCGAGUACGAGGCCGAGUCAAACAUAGCCACCCCCUCGGUGAGCUCGAGCCAGAACGCCUUGGAUGGAAAGACCAAUGAAGAGCUAUUGAAACUGCUUAACAGGACCAGAACAGAUGUAUCAGUGGCCUUUCUGUCAAUGCAGAGGAUCACGACUCACACCAUCGACGCCUACAUGUUGCAGCUGCGGCAACAAUAUCCCAACCUGCCCGAGCCAGAGGUUAGACAGAAGGCCGAACUGUGGAGACAGUCUGAUGAGAAGGAGCUGGGACGCAGACGGGCCUUUUAUCAAGACAUCCUCGAAAAGCAACACUCACUCACCCUCCAUAUCCAGGCCAUGCUGAACAGUCGCAGGACUCAACUGAUGCAGACGACCGCGACCACUGCGAACCAGCAAGGGCAGACAUGAACAAGAAAACCAUGUUGUGGUUGAAAAAGAAAGCGAUGCCUUUUGUUCUUCAUCACAUAAUAGUGACCUUAUUCUACCACUGUUCUACCAGUCAUAUGUUUAUAUAAGAACGAGGAUGCACUGAGUACCAAGAGCAACAUAACAGCAGUAUGUUACGAUGUUAAGGAACAAUUUUUUCAUUCCUUUUGGAUUUUUAAGUGUCAUUUAUAAGAGCGAUGUUCAGAUGCACCAAUAGUUUUGUUUUUUUAAACACUGAGCACUUUAACUUAAACCAGAUGUGAAGUUAAGUUACCUUAUAAAGUUUGCAAAAACUGGACUACUUCGCCAGCUGCUUCAUACUAUCUAUACUACAUAAUAGUUUGGUGUCAAGCCAUCAGUUUGAUGGAUAUCACACUGGAAAUUUACUGUAUGUGCCUUACUAUUAGUAUGUUUUGCUACCAGUUGCUAAGAUUAUGUAAUUAAAUAUGAUUCUUGUA